AUGUUCAAACCCUUCCUAGCCAAGGGCAAAGCGCGAAUUCGCUCAGUGGCCAAGUCUCCUCCAACGCCUGGACAAAUAGGUCUGUUCACGCCCUCGGAAGGUAUCAUGAAAGUCGGAGCAGCGGUUGAAUUCGCUCAAUGUCCAAGCCAAGGGCAAAGCGCGAAUUCGCUCAGUGGCCAAGGUUCCUCGCACAACGAGAAGGCCCAGUUGGCAAAUACACUAUCGGCCGCCCAUCCCGCGAUCCCCUGGGUCAUCGGAGUAGAAUUUCCAGUUGCAGCCUGCCCAAAUGGCGAGGAUUUCAUCACCGAGCAAGCAGUCUUCUCCAACGCCUCGACAAAUAGGACCUAUUUGGGCAAAGCGCGAAUUCGCUCAAUGUCCAAGGUUCAAACCCAUCCUACCAAGGGCAAAGAGCGCAUUCGCUCAGUUUCCAAAGACAAAUAG